GCGACUGGCUGGCAAUGACCUUUCUUUUAUCCAUCCAAAGGCCUUGUCUGGGUUGAAAGAACUCAAAGUUCUAACCCUACAGAACAAUCAGCUGAAGACUGUACCUAAUGAGGCCAUCAGAGGAUUAAGUGGCUUACAGUCCUUGCGUUUAGAUGCUAACCACAUCACUGCCAUACCAGAGGACAGUUUUGAGGGGCUGGUGCAGCUGCGUCACCUCUGGCUGGAUGACAACAGCUUGACUGAAGUUCCCAUCCAUCCACUCAGCAAUCUUCCCUCUCUGCAGGCCUUAACGCUGGCUCUCAACAAAAUAACACACAUUCCUGACUAUGCAUUUACAAACCUUUCAAGCCUUGUUGUUCUACAUCUUCAUAAUAAUAAAAUAAAGACUAUAGGAAAGCACUGUUUUGAUGGAUUAGACAACCUUGAAACUUUGGAUUUGAAUUAUAAUAACAUGGUAGAGUUCCCUGAAGCCAUAAAAGCACUCCCAAAUCUAAAGGAGUUGGGAUUUCACAGUAACUACAUUUCCGUAAUUCCUGAUGGUGCAUUUGCAGGAAACCCCCUUCUAAGAACUAUACAUUUAUAUGAUAAUCCUUUGUCUUUUGUGGGGAACUCAGCAUUUCAGAAUCUGUCAGAUCUGCAUUCCCUGGUCAUUCGGGGUGCCAGCAUGGUGCAGUGGUUUCCUAAUUUGACAGGAACUGUUAAUCUGGAGAGUUUAACUCUAACAGGGACCAAGAUAAACAGUGUUCCUGUGAAUUUAUGCCAAGAGCAAAAGGUGCUACGAACUUUGGACUUGUCUUACAACAAUAUAAAGGACCUCCCAAGUUUUAAAGGCUGUAACUCCUUGGAAGAAAUUUCCUUACAGCACAAUCAAAUCCAUGAAAUCACAGAGGAUACCUUUCAAGGACUGUCCUCCCUUCGUGUCCUUGAUCUCAGUAGAAAUCAGAUCCACCAGAUGCACAAGGAAGCUUUCACCACUCUUGGAGCUAUUGUUAACCUAGACCUAAGUUUCAAUGAACUCACUUCAUUUCCAACUGAAGGACUGAGUGGACUGAACCAGCUUAAACUUGCAGGCAAUUCUGAGUUGAAGGAAGCUUUGGCAGCGAAGAACUUCGCCAAGCUCCGGUCACUCUCUGUACCAUAUGCUUACCAGUGCUGUGCAUUUUGGGGCUGUGAUUCUUACCUAAACUCUAAUGCUGAGGAUUCUGGUCACAAAGAUCAAGGUGCCCUGAUGGAUCGGGAGAAGGCAGUUGCUUCUGAUGCAGAUGUUCUAAGAAACGAGGAAAAUGAGGAACUGGGACAGACUAUUAUUCACUGUACACCAGCAACAGGUGCAUUUAAGCCUUGUGAAUAUUUAUUGGGCAGCUGGAUGAUUCGACUUACUGUCUGGUUUAUUUUUUUGGUUGCUUUGUUCUUCAACCUGCUUGUCAUGUUAACAAUAUUUGCAUCCUGUACUCCAUUGCCAUCUUCCAAACUGUUCAUCGGCCUGAUUUCUGUCUCUAACUUAUUCAUGGGAGUCUAUACUGGUAUUUUAACUUUCUUGGAUGCUGUCUCCUGGGGAAGAUUUGCUGAGUUUGGCAUAUGGUGGGAGACUGGCAGUGGUUGCAGAGUUGCUGGGUUCCUUGCAGUCUUCUCGUCAGAAAGUGCCAUUUUCUUCCUGAUGUUGGCAGCUGUUGAACGGAGCUUCUCUGUGAAGGAGAUGGUUCAAAAGGGGAAAAGCAACCGCCAGAAGCAAUUCCAGCUGGCGGCCGUGUGCGCUUUCCUGUGCGCUGUGGUAGCGGGGUGCUUGCCGCUCUUCUAUAAGGUGGAGCACUCGGCGUCACCCCUGUGCUUGCCCUUCCCCACAGGAGAAACGCCUUCCCUAGGUUUCACAGUAACGUUAGUGCUGCUGAAUUCCUUAGCAUUUUUGCUAAUGGCCAUUAUCUACACUAAACUGUACUGCAACCUGGAAAAAGAGGACCUCUCCGAAAACUCCCAGUCCAGCACCAUUAAGCAUGUCGCUUGGCUCAUCUUCACAAACUGCAUCUUCUUCUGCCCUGUUGCGUUUUUCUCGUUUGCACCGCUGAUCACUGCGAUUUCCAUCAGCCCCGAAAUCAUGAAGUCUGUUACUCUGAUAUUUUUCCCGUUGCCUGCCUGCCUGAACCCGGUUCUGUACGUGUUCUUCAACCCGAAGUUCAAGGAAGACUGGAAGCUGCUCCGGCGCCGCGCGGGCAGGAGGAAGGGGGCGGUGGCGGUUGCCGUCGGCUUGCAAGGCGGCUGCGCCACGCAGGACUUCUACUACGACUGCGGCAUCUACACCCACUUGCAGGGGAAUGUCACCGUGUGCGAAUGCUGCGAGUCGCUCCUUCUGUCCAAGCCAGUGCCCUGUAAACAUUUAAUAAAAUCCCACAGCUGCCCCGCGCUGGCAGUGGUGCCUUGCCAGAGGCCGGACGGCUACUGGUCGGACUGCGGCACCCAGUCGGCCCACUCGGACUAUGCGGACGAAGACGACUCCUUCGUGUCGGACAGCUCGGACCAAGUGCAGGCCUGCGGCCGGGCCUGCUUCUACCAGAGCCGGGGCUUCCCUCUGGUCCGCUACGCCUACAACAUUCCGCGGAUCAAGGACUGA